AUGCAGAAUGUACCGGAGGAGUGGAGGGAAGAACGGAGCGUGGGAGGAGGAGAAAGAGAGAAACAUGUUAAACCAUGGGAGGGUAGAAAGGCCUUGUUCCAAAGGAACACCGAUAACUCCAAACAGGACAUGGACAAAGGGAAAGAGAACGGUGAGAAGGAGAAUGGAGAGAUGAUGAACGGAGGGGGAAAGGGGACGGAAGGGACGGAUAAAGAGUCGCUGAUGAUGGAGCUGACCCGUCUGGUUCAGAAGACAGUGAAGGAGAGUAGCUGGUGGGAGAGGAGAGGCAUCGACAUCACUAUCCUGGCCCUCGCCUUUCUCCUGCUACCCCCAGGUAAUCUAUACACCUGUCUCACACACCCGUCUCACACACUUCAUACAGCCGUCUCACACACUUCAUACACCCGUCUCACACACUUCAUACACCCAUCUCACACACUUCAUACACCCGUCUCACAUACUUCAUACACCCGUCUCACACACUUCAUACACCCCUCUCACACACUUCAUACACCCGUCUCACACACCUUAUAGUCCUUAUCAAGGUCAACAUAUGGUAUGCUAUCAUAUGUUUAUAUAGUGUAGGUUUACCACAUUCAGUUCAUCCUACCUCCAGGUAAGACAUCUACCUGCACACCACAAUACAUACACCUGUCUCACACUUUAUAGUGGUCCUCUGUAGCUCAGAUGGUAGAGCAUGGCGCUUGCAAUGCCAGGAUCAUGGGUUCGAUUGCCGCUGAUCCCGCCCAUGUCACGUUCGUCUUCGAAAUGAGCGGACCAAAGCGCAGCGUGUUGAGCGAACAUCGUAGACUUUAUUAAAGAAACCACGAUCACAAACAAUAAACCAAAAUAGACGAAAGUGAAGUUCAACACUGAAUACCACUAUCAGCAACAAGGAAACAAAAACCCACAAACACAAGGUGAAAACACACAGUUUAAAUAUGGCUCCCAAUCAGAGAUAACGAGCCGACAGCUGACACUCGUUACCUCCGAUUGGGAGUCAUUGACGACAACAUACAACAACCUAGAAAUAUAACCCACAGACAUGCAAACAUAGAAAUACACCCAAACCCCAACAAAACAACAUACACUCUAGCUCACAUACACAAGUCCUAGAGCCAGAGUGUCACAGUACCCCCCCCUAAAGGUGCGAACUCCGGGCGCACCAGCCCACAGUCUAGGGGAGGGUCUGGGUGGGCGUCUGUCCACGGUGGCGGUUCUGGCCCCGGUCGUGAUCCCCACCCCACCACAGUCACAACCUGCUUAAGUAGCCUCCUACACAUUACCACCCCCCAACUACACCCCACUGGGUUAAGGGGCGGCACCGGACUAAGGGGCAGCACCGGACUACGGGGCAGUACCGGACUAAGGGGCAGUACCGGACUAAGGGGCAGUACCAGGCUAAGGGACAGCACCAGGAUAAGGGACAGCACCAGGAUAAGGAGCAACACCGAGCUAAGGGGCAGCACCUGACUAAAUGGCGGAUCCUGGCUGGCUGGCUCUGGCGGAUCCUGGCUGGCUGGCGGAUCCUGGCUGGACGGCUCUGGCGGAUCCCGGCUGGACGGCUCUGGCGGAUCCCGGCUGGACGGCUCUGGCGGAUCCUGGCUGGACGGCUCUGGCGGAUCCUGGCUGGACGGCUCAUGGCUGGCUGAUGGAUCUGGCUGCUCAUGGCUGGCUGACGGAUCUGGCUGCUCAUGGCUGGCUGACGGAUCUGGCUGCUCAUGGCUGGCUGACGGAUCUGGCUGCUCAUGGCUGGCUGACGGAUCUGGCUGCUCAUGGCUGGCUGACGGAUCUGGCUGCUCAUGGCUGGCUGACGGAUCUGGCUGCUCAUGGCUGGCUGACGGAUCUGGCUGCUCAUGGCCGACUGACGGAUCUGGCUGAUCCUGUCUGGCGGAAGGCUCUGGCUGAUCCUGUCUGGCAGAAGGCUCUGGCUGAUCCUGUCUGGCAGAAGGCUCUGGCUGAUCCUGUCUGGCAGAAGGCUCUGGCUGAUCCUGUCUGGCGGAAGGCUCUGGCUGAUCCUGUCUGGCGGAAGGCUCUAGCGGCUCCGGUCUGGCGGACGGCUCUGAUGGCUCAUGGCAGACGGGCGGCUUUGCAGGCUUUGGGCAGACGGGCAGUUCAGGCCCCGUUGGGCAGACGGCAGACUCUGGCCGUCUGAGGCGCAUCGUAGGCCUGGUGCGUGGUGCCGGAACAGGAGGUACCGGGCUGAGGACACGCAUCUCAGGGCUAGUGCGGGGAGAAGCAACAGGGCAUGCUGGACCCUGGGGACGCACCGUAGGCCUGAUGCGUGGUGCCGGAACUGGAGGUACCGGGCUGAGGACACGCAUCUCAGGGCUAGUGCGGGAAGCAGCAACAGGGCAUGCUUGGCCCUGGGGACGCACCGUAGGCCUGAUGCGUGGUGCCGGAACUGGAGGUACCGGGCUGAGGACACGCAUCUCAGGGCUAGUGCGGGGAGUAGCAACAGGGCAUGCUUGGCCCUGGGGACGCACCGUAGGCCUGAUGCGUGGUGCCGGAACUGGUCGGGCUGGGCUGGCGACGCGCACCGUACACUUGGUGCGGGUGGCAGGAACAGGCCGAACCGGGCUGGCGACGCGCACCGUAGGCUUCCUACGAGGCUCAGGAACAGGCCGGGCUGGGCUGGCGACGCGCACCGUACACUUGGUGCGGGUGGCAGGAACAGGUCGGGCUGGGCUGGCGACGCGCACCGUACACUUGGUGCGGGUGGCAGGAACAGGCCGAACCGGGCUGGCGACGCGCACCGUAGGCUUCCUACGAGGCUCAGGAACAGGCCGGGCUGGGCUGGCGACGCGUACCGUACACUUGGUGCGGGUGGCAGGAACAGGCCGAACCGGGCUGGCGACGCGCACCGUACACUUAGUGCGAGGGGCCGGAACAGGCCGUACCGUACGGGGAACACACACUACUGGCUGUACCUCGGGAUUAGGAACGGGCCGGACCGGACUGGUUACACACCCCAGUACCUCUCGCCGAGCCUCUACACCUUCCUUCCCUGCUUUUCCCAGUAGCCCCCUUAACCUGGUAGCUUCCUGACUCCGCCCCUUCUCUGCCUCCGUCAGCCCCCUUAACCUGGUAGCCUUCUGCAUCUGCCUUCUGGCAGCCUCCUGCUGCUCAGUCGCCCAAGCCAUGUGCCCCCCCCAAAAAAUUUCUUGGGGUUGCCUCUCGUCCUUCCGACGUUGGCUCUGCCGACGCCGUUGCUCCUCUCUCCGUCGCCUCUCCUCUGUUUCGCUCCAUGGACGGCGAUCCAUGCCAUCCAGGAUUUCUUCCCACGUCCAGGACCCUUUACCGUCCAAUAACUCUUCCCAUGUCCAGACCCUCGGCUCCUGGACACGCUGCUUGGUCCUUUGAUGGUGGGUUUUUCUGUCACGUUCGUCUUCGAAAUGAGCGGACCAAAGCGCAGCGUGUUGAGCGAACAUCGUAGACUUUAUUAAAGAAACCACGAUCACAAACAAUAAACCAAAAUAGACGAAAGUGAAGUUCAACACUGAAUACCACUAUCAGCAACAAGGAAACAAAAACCCACAAACACAAGGUGAAAACACACAGUUUAAAUAUGGCUCCCAAUCAGAGAUAACGAGCCGACAGCUGACACUCGUUACCUCCGAUUGGGAGUCAUUGACGACAACAUACAACAACCUAGAAAUAUAACCCACAGACAUGCAAACAUAGAAAUACACCCAAACCCCAACAAAACAACAUACACUCUAGCUCACAUACACAAGUCCUAGAGCCAGAGUGUCACAGCCCAUAUGAAAAAUAUAUGCAUGCAUAACUAAGUCGCUUUUGAUAAAAGUGUCUGCUAAAUGGCAUAAUAUUAUUAUAAUAUUAUUUUUUAAAGGUAAACAUAUAGCAUGUAUGUUAUUAUAUGUUUAUAAAGUGAGGUUUUAACACAUUCAGUUCACCCUACCCCCAGGUAAGACACCUGUCUAACAACGCCAAAAAUUGGUUGAAAUGAAGUAUUUUCAAACAGUUUUUCUCACUGGGUAUUAGCCUGGUUAAACCAGAUUGAACGAUAGGAUCAAUAAUGAGAGCAGCAUUCAGUCUGAUUUAAUCGGCUAACGUCUUUAUAAAAGGUAAGAAUAUGUUUGCAUAGUUUUACCACAUCUUGUGUAACAUGCAGAUUUGUUCAAAAUACACAGGACAUUAUGUUAUUAAUCCAUUGUGCUAAUAUUAGAUCUUGAGCACUAACCUGGAACUUGAUGUUGAGACAGGGACAGGGAGUAGAAAUAUACGUGUUCUAAGUAGACCAGUACAUGGCCUCAAUUAAAUACUGAUUUCAAUAAGUCUGCACACACACCACACACAUGCUUGAUAUCUGAUACUCCCUGGUCCUAUCUGGAUCUGUGACCUCUUUCUAGGUCAGUGUGACUGGUAUGUCACUCACCAGAGGCUAUGCUUAAUUUGACAGCUUGAUAACACACUCAUCUAGGCUCAUGGUUUGAUUAUCUUUGGAAAUUAAAGUCUUAAGAUUCUAAAUGCUGUUAUAUUUAGGAUUCGAAAAUUGCUUUACAUGCUCUCCAAUACCUAUUUUACAAGGGAGACCUGGCCAAGAGAGAAGCUCAAUAAAAACACAUACAUCAAAACACAUUGAUCAGCCAGUAAAGGGCCACAUUUCUGUUUCUACUAUUUACUCUGGCACAUCGUAUUUUAGUAGCACUCUUCUCUGUGCACACUGGAAAGUCCAAUACUGCCAUGGGGGAGUAUUACUGUCAACAUCGUGUAUUACUGACCUUGUGACUUAACGCCUCCCAAUGAGGCUCUUUGAAAUAGGAGGUGGGGAAAAGUGGAACAUUAGCGGCAGACAGAUUUUGCUGUGUUAGGAAUAGAACGGCAAUCAAAUCAAAUCAAUUUUUAUUUGCCACAUGCGCCGAAUACAACAGGUGUAGACCUUACAGUGAAAUGCUUACUUACAAGCCCUUAACCAACAAUGCAGUUUAAAAAAAAAAAGUGUUAAGUAAAAAAUACAAAUAGCAAAUAAUUAAAAAGCAGCAGUAAAAUAAAAUAACAGUAGGGAGGCUAUAUACAGGGGGUACCGGUACAGAGUCAAUGUGCGGGGGCACUGGUUAGUCGAGGUAAUUGAGUGUGUGCCUUUCCAAAUCAUGUCCAAUCAAUUACAUUUACCACAGGUGGACUCCAAUCAAGUUGUAGAAACAUCUCAAGGAGGAUCAAUGGAAACAGGAUGCACCUGAGCUCAAUUUCGAGUAUCAUAGCAAAGGGUCUGAAUACUUAUGUAAAUAAGGCAUUUCAGUUUAUUUUUUUCUAUUUUUUUGCACAAUUAUUUAGAAACCUUUUUUCACUUUGUCAUUAUGGGGUAUUGUGUGUAGAUUGCAGAGGAUUUAUUUAAAAAAAAUCAAUUUUAGAAUAAGGCUGUAAUGUGGAAAAAGUAAAGGGGUCUGAAUACUUUCCGAAGGCACUGUAGUCAUUUUAGUGUAAGUCACUUCGUAGUCUUUUAAGUCCAUCAUUUAGAUCUUGGUUCUAGUUCUUUCUUUCUUGCAGGAGCAACCUGCUGUAUAUAUUAUACUGUAUACCUUGGGUGGUAGGGGAGAGAGAGAGAGAGAGAGAGGGAGAGGGAGGUCAUCCGACACUGUGAACACACAGCCGUAAAACCUACCAGCUCUCACAGUCUCAUGUCAGAAUUAGACGUUCAGCCAUGUUUCUCAAACAUCACAUUUCGAAGUUGUUCCAAAGUCAAAUAUCGAAGUGUUGUAAGGAUAAGUUUAGGCGUUAACAUUUGGGAUAGGCUUAAAAAAAAACUUUCUAACACUGGAUUCAAACUUACAACCUUCGGAAUCAGUGGCAGAUGCUUACCUUUGGAGUCAGAGGCAGAUGUUUAUGCCCAUCUGCCAACCUCGUCCUCAACUCCCUAGCAAAACCAAAACUUACUUGAAGAUAACAGCGCACACUGUUGCCCCUAGUGGCUGGUUUCCAUGUUAUCUCCUGAUGUCCUCAGACAUGGAUGGACAUCGAAUAAUGACUCGUAUCAUGGGUGACCUGGCUGCAUUAACUUCCCCUCCCUAGACCAGCAUGAGUUCUUCGCAUGCACACACAAACACAAGAAGGAGAGUGAGAAAACCACUGUACUAAAACAUGAAGGAUUAUGGCUGUAAAUGAAUCCCGGAUGUCAGUCAUCUGGCCAAACAAGGUCCACCACAGGAGAAGGAUCAGGAACAUCCACGGAGACCACAUGCUUGACUGAAGGAAGCUGUUCUAGAAUGUGUUUCAAAUGGCAGGUGUAGAGUAGAGUGGAAAUGUGUGGCAACAUUGUCUAUUGUCUAUCUUAUGCUUAUGUAACCUGGUCCCAGAGCUGUUUGGCAUGACAAUGACCAUAAGAGUUGGCAAGACAGCACAAACAGAUCUGGGACUAGGCUAAUGCUAAUGGAUAGAUGCUUACCAUAUGUAUUCUACAGAUCUAAGCUACUCUUCAUAUUGUGGAAUAUUUGCAUUUAGAACAACGUUUGACCCCUAUUCCCUCCCCUUCCCCAUCUCCCCCUCUCGCCUCAUUACUUUGUCUCCUCAACCCCAUCUCCCAUCUCCCACGCUCCUCAACCCCAUCUCCUUAACCCCAUCCCCCCCUCUCCCUCUCUCCUCCAGCCUUCCUGCUGCUGGGUUCAUCCCAGGCCCUGGUGUUUGUCCUGGGCAUGGUGCUGAUGGGUGUGUCCCAUGCUGUCAUCACCAUCAAGGGGACCCAUCUGGCCAGUCACGGAUCGCUGAGCGAGUCCCAAGCCUGGGCCGAAGUCUGGGCUGUGUUCUUCAUAGAGGUGAGAGAGAAAGCGAGAGAGCGAGAGAGAGAGCGAGAGAGAGAGCGAGAGAGAGAACUUCCUGUUAGCCAAAGUGUUACAUCAAUAAAUUCAGCCACAGUAGACAAACCAAGCUGGAUUGUUGAUCUCUAUUGAACUUGGGUUACUUUUGUUCAUUUACCUUUUUGACCCUAAAUUUUAUCUUCUAAGCAUUAUAGUACAGAUGGGGGAGGCAGUAACGGAAAGGUCGCUGGAUUGAAUCCCCAAGCCGACUACGUGAAAAAUCUUAACUCUAAUUGCUCCUGUAAAUCGCUCUGGAUAAGAGUGUCUACUAAAAUGUAAUAACAUAACUGCUGGACCUUGUCCUUAAUUUGUCCUGUUUUUUUUCAACGUGUCAAGUAUCUAUGUUCAUGACAAGCUUGUCUAGAUAUCAAUCCCCAUGUCUGCCGUUCUCUUCCAUAGCACUCUAUGAAAAUAUAAACAUGUUUGUCUACAUUUUCUAGUGUUGUUUCAUCACACAACUUGAUCACAAGUGUGUCUGUCUGUCUGUGUGCGUGUGUGUGUGUGUGUUUGUGUGUGUGUGUGUGUACAGGUGUGUGGGUCGUUCACAGCGAGGGCAGGUGUAACAGGUCACAUUAAGAUACACCAUGCCCAUACCAACGUGAUUGGCCUGGGUGACUCCAGCACCUGGAAGAUACCCUGCCUGCCCCGGAGUGUCUACCUGUUCAUCGCCCCCCUGGCUGUACCUGUUAUCACUCCUCUGGUGGCACUAGGUGAGGCACAGCCAGGGUCUGUGUGUGUUUUUCCAGGUGUAGUGUCUACCUGUUCACUAUCUAAGAUGCUUAAUGCUCUGUCGCUGUUAUAUCGCUGUUGUUUUGAAACGGGAUACAGUAUAUACACCUGUGCUUACGUAAGCGAAUCAUGUUAACAGGUAAUUAAGUACCAUCCUACAUCGGUGAUUGGCCUUAGCUCAGACCUUGGAGAUACCCUGCUGCCGGAGUGGAUACCAUGUUACAUGUCUGGCUGUACUGGAGUUACUCUUAUCACCCAGGUAUUCCUAGCCAGGUGGUGGUUUUCCAGUGUCAGUGGUAUACCCUGUCUCUACUAAGUUGUUCCCUUAGGGUCCGGGCAGACGUUUUGAAAGGGAACUGAGCGGUAGAAGGAAUAUGUUUACCUGACAAGAGGGGUAGCCUAGCAUUAAUACAGGUGGAUAUACAUACAAUGCUCUCGAAUUUGGGUGAGGGACUCGUUCCAGAGCGACGGUACAAUUGGUGCCCCCUUCAGCUCAGUGGCAAACACUACAUGUUUUUUUAACUGGGGUUGACGGGAAGGCAUGAUUUCCACGGAGCCUAAGAGGGGGGUUAUGUCCACGGAAGUGGUGAGUGACACCCAAGCUGUCCUUGGCGUGUAGGGAGCUUAUGCACAUUGGGGUGCCAGGGCAGCGAACAGUUUUGACUGGGCUGAGCGGGAACUAUGCUUCCGCAGAGGAAGGGGAGCCAGCAGGCCAGAGGUGGAUGAACGCAAUGCCCUCGUUUGGGUGUAGGGACUGAUCAGAGCCUGAAGGUACGGAGGUGCCGUUCCCUUCACAGCUCCAUAGGCAAGCACCAUGGUCUUGUAACAGAUGCGAGCUUCAACUGGAAGCCAGUGGAGUGUGCGGAGGAGCGGGGUGACGUGAGAGAACUUGGGAAGGUUGAACACCAGACGGGCUGCGUCAUUCUGGAUGAGUUGUAGGGGUUUAAUGGCACAGGCAGGGAGCCCAGCCAACAGCGAGUUGCAGAAAUCCAGACGGGAGAUGACAAGUGCCUGGAUUAGGACCUGUGCCGCUUCCUGUGUAAGGCAGGGUCGUACUCUCCGAAUGUUGUAGAGCAUGAACCUUCUGGUGAGAGCACGUGGUGCGGAGACAGCUUCUCGCCACGCCACUUGGUAGGAGCGACCGGUCAGGUAGGACGCAAUCCAAGAGUGAGCCGCGCCGGAGAUGCCCAGCUCGGAGAGGGUGGAGAGGAGGAUCUGAUGGUUCACAGUAUCAAAGGCAGCAGACAGGUCUAGAAGGACAAGAGCAGAGGAGAGAGAGUUAGCUUUAGCAGUGCGGAGAGCCUCCGUGACACAGAGAAGAGCAGUCUCAGUUGGAUGACCAGUCCUGAAACCUGACUGGUUUGGAUCAAGAAGGUCAUUCUGAGAGAGAUAGCAAGAGAGUUGGCUAAAGACGGCACGCUCAAUAGUUUUGGAAAGAAAAGAAAGAAGGGAUACUGGUCUGUAGUUGUUGACAUCAGAGGGAUCGAGUGUUGGUUUUUUGAGAAGGGGUGCAACUCUCGCUCUCUUGAAGACGGAAGGGACAUAGCCAGCGGUCAAGGAUGAGUUGAUCAGCGAGGUGAGGUAGGGGAGAAGGUCACCGGAGAUGGUCUGGAGAAGAGAGGAGGGGAUAGGGUCAAGCGGGCAGGUUGUUGGCCGGCCUGCAGUCACAAGUCGCAAGAUUUUAUCUGGAGAGAGAGGGGAGAAAGAAGUCAAAGCAUAGGGUAGGGCAGUGUGAGCAGGACCAGCAGUGUCAUUUGACUUAACAAACGAGGAUCGGAUGUCGUCAACCUUCUUUUCAAAGUGGUUGACGAAGUAAUCCACAGAGAGGGAGUGGGGGGGGGGAGGAUUCAGCAGGGAGGAGAAUGUGGCAAAGAGCUUCCUAGGGUUAGAGGCAGAUGCUUGGAAUUUAGAGUGGUAGAAAGUGGCCUUAGCAGCAGAAACAGAUGAAGAAAAUGCAGAGAGGAGGGAGUGAAAAGAUGCCAGGUCGGCAGGGAGUCUUGUUUUCUUCCAUUUCCGCUCAGCUGCCCGGAGCUCUGUUCUGUGAGCUCGCAAUGAGUCAUCAAGCCACGGAGCUGGAGGGGAGGAUCGAGCCGGCCGGGAGGAUAGGGGACAUAGAGAGUCAAAGGAUGCAGAAAGGGAGGAGAGGAGGGUUGAGGAGGCAGAAUCAGGAGAUUGGAGGGAGAAGGAUUGAGCAGAGGGAAGAGAUGAUAGGAUGGAAGAGGAGAGAGUAGCGGGAGAGAGAGAGCGAAGGUUGCGGCGGCGCAUUACCAUCUGUGUAGGGGCAGAGUGAGUAGUGUUGGAGGAGAGCGAGAGAGAAAAUGAUACAAAGUAGUGGUCGGAGACAUGGAGGGGAGUUGCAGUGAGAUUAGUAGAAGAACAGCAUCUAGUAAAGAUAAGGUCAAGCGUAUUGCCUACCUUGUGAGUAGGGGGGGACGGUGAGAGGGUGAGGUCAAAAGAGGAGAGGAGUGGAAAGAAGGAGGCAGAGAGAAAUGAGUCAAAUGUAGACGUAGGGAGGUUGAAAUCCCCCAAAACUGUGAGGGGUGAGCCAUCCUCAGGAAAGGAACUUAUCAAGGCGUCAAGCUCAUUGAUGAACUCUCCAAGGGAACCUGGAGGGCGAUAGAUGACAAGGAUAUUAAGCUUAAAUGGGCUAGUGACUGUGACAGCAUGGAAUUCAAAUGAGGAGAUGGACAGAUGGGUUAGGGGAAAAAUUGAGAAUGUCCACUUGGGAGAGAUGAGGAUUCCUGUGCCACCACCCUGCUGACCAGAUGCUCUCGGGGUAUGCGAGAACACAUGGUCAGACGAGGAGAGAGCAGUAGGAGUAGCAGUGUUUUCAGUGGUAAUCCAUGUUUCCGUCAGCGCCAAGAAGUCGAGGGACUGGAGGGUAGCAUAGGCUGGGAUGAAGUCUGCCUUGUUGGCAGCAGAACGGCAGUUCCAGAGGCUGCCUGAGACCUGGAACUCCAGGUGUGUGGUGCGUGCAGGGACCACCAGGUUAGAGAGGCAGCAGCCACGCGGUGUGAGGCGUUUGUGUAGCCUGUGCGGAGAGGAGAGAACAGGGAUAGGCAGAGGCAUAGUUGACAGGCUGCAGCAAAUGGCUACAAUAAUGCAGAGGAGAUCGGAAUGAAAUGAACUAAACAUCUGGGAAAGGAGAGAGCGGGGCCUCCCUCACCACAACUCCCAAAUAUAACUCUCCCAACUUCCACCUCAGAAACUAUAAUUGUUUCACUGAAACACCCGAAUAUAACUCUCCCAACUUCCACUUUAGAAAUUAGAAUUGUUGUAAACUACAGCGGUUCAAUGUUUCUAGGAAUAGACUCUAACUUACUUUAUUCAGCUAGCUAACUUGGUAGGCCUACAGUAUUCUUCCAUGAAAACCGCCCAGGGCACCGUAUCCUAUGACGCCAUAGCUAACGAGCUACCAAUAGUGUGUUAACACACUAAACAGAUAAUUAGUGUCCAGUUCCUUUCAUAACGCAGCAAUAAUUAAACGUUGGCUAGCUAGCACAAAGUCAGUCAUGCUAGCUACACAAGUGGACUACACAUCUCGAAUGUUCAGAAAGGGAAGCUUUAUGUUGCAAAAUUCUCAUUGACUAAAAUGAUAUUGUAUUUAGCUGCUACAGUACUGCUAGCUGGUAGUGUUGGCUAGCUAGCAAUGGCUGUGGUGUUGACUUUGUUUGAAAAACGGCGUCGCUGCGAACGAGUGUAGCUGGCUAAAAUGAUAUUGUAUUUAGUUGCUACAGUACUGCUAGCUGGUAGUGUUGGCUAGCUAGCAAUGGCUGCUGUGUUGACUUUGUUUGAAAAACGGCGUCGCUGCGAACGAAUGUAGCUGGCUAAAAUUAUAUUGUAUUUAGUUGCUACAGUGCUGGUAGCGUUGGCUAGCUAGCAAUGGCUGCGGUGAUGACUUUGUUUGAAAAACGGCGUCGCUGCGAACAAAUGUAGCUGGCUAAUAGGAUAUUGUAUUUAGUUGCUACAGUACUGCUAGCUAGCAAUGGCUGCGGUGUUGACUUUGUUUGAAAAACGGCGUCGCUGCGAACGAAUGUAGCUGGCUAGCUAACCUCGAUAGUUGAUAUCUUCACUCCAGGCUGUGAUGGUGUAACUGUCUGUCUGUAUUUGUCCCUCUUUCUGUCUCUCUCUGGUCUCUGCCUGUUUCUGUUUCUGUAUUUAUUUUUGUGUUUCUCUGUCCCUGUCUUUGUUCUCUGUCCCUGCAUCUGUCCCUGUCUCUGUCCCUGUCCCUGUCUCUGUCUCUGUCUCUGUCCCUGUCCCUGUCCCUGUCUCUGUCCCUGUCCGUAACUGUAUCUCUCUCUGUCUCUGUCUCUGUCCCUGUCUGUAACUGUCUCUGUCUCUGUCCCUGUCCGUAACUGUCUCUGUCUCUGUCCCUGUCCGUAACGGUCUCUGUCCCUGUCUCUGUCCCUGUCCGUAACUGUCUCUGUCCCUGUCCUUAACUGUCUCUGUCCCUGUCCCUGUCCCUGUCCGUAACUGUAUCUCUCUCUGUCUCUGUCUCUGUCCCUGUCCGUAACUGUCUCUGUCUCUGUCCCUGUCUGUAACGGUCUCUGUCCCUGUCUCUGUCCCUGUCCGUAACUGUCUCUGUCCCUGUCCGUAACUGUCUCUGUCCCUGUCCUUAACUGUCUCUGUCUCUGUCCCUGUCCUUAACUGUAUCUCUCGCUGUCUCUGUCCCUGUCCGUAACUGUCUCUGUCCCUGUCCUUAACUGUCUCUGUCUCUGUCCCUGUCCGUAACUGUAUCUCUCUCUGUCUCUGUCCCUGUCCAUAACUGUCUCUGUCCCUGUCCUUAACUGUAUCUCUCUUUGUCUCUGUCCCUGUCUGUAACUGUCUCUGUCCCUGUCUCUGUCCCUGUCCAUAACUGUAUCUCUCUCUGUCUCUGUCUCUGUCCCUGUCCGUAAUGGUCUCUGUCCCUGUCCAUAACUGUAUCUGUCUCUGUCUCUGUCCGUAACUGUAUCUGUCUCUGUCCCUGUCUCUGUCCCUGUCCAUAACUGUAUCUCUCUCUGUCUCUGUCUCUGUCCCUGUCCGUAAUGGUCUCUGUCCCUGUCCGUAACUGUAUUUGUCUCUGUCCCUGUCUCUGUCCCUAUCUGUAACUGUCUCUAUCCCCGUCUCUGUCCUGUUCCGUAAGUGUCUCUGUCCCUGUCUCUGUCCCUGUCCAUAACUGUAUCUGUCUCUGUCCCUGUCCCUGUCCGUAACUGUGUCUCUGUCCCUGUCCCUGUCCGUAACUGUGUCUCUGUCCCUGUCUCCGUCUGUAACUGUAUCUGUCUCUGUCCCUGUCCGUAACUGUCUCUGUCUGUAACUGUAUCUGUCCCUGUCCCUGUCCCUGUCUCUGUCUCUGUCUCUGUCUCUGUCCCUGUCCGUAACUGUAUCUGUCUCUGUCCUUGUCUCUGUCCGUAACUGUAUCUGUCCCUGUCUCUGUCCGUAACUGUCCCUGUCCCUGUCCCUGUCCCUGUCCCUGUCCCUGUCCCUGUCCCUGUCCGUAACUGUAUCUGUCUCUGUCUCUGUCUCUGUCCUUGUCUCUGUCCGUAACUGUAUCUGUCCCUGUCUCUGUCCGUAACUGUAUCUGUCCCUGUCCGUAACUGUCUCUGUCUCGACAACGAAGCUUCGGACGUCAUUCAAAUCAAAUCAAAUUGUAUUUGUCACAUACACGUGUUUAGCAGAUGUUAUAGCGGGUGUAGCGAAAUGCUUGUGCUUCUAGCUCCGACAGUGCAGUAAUAUCUAACAAUUUCACAACAUAUACCCAACACACAAAAAAGGUAAGGAUUGGGAUUUAAGAAUAUAUACAUAUAUGGACAAGCAAUGACAGAGCGGCAUGGACUAAGAUACAGAAGAAUAUUAUAGAAUAGAAUGCAGUAUAUACAUAUGAGAUGAGUAGUGCAAGAUAUGUAAACAUUAUUAAAGUGACUAGUGUUCCAUUUCUUAAAGUGGCCAGUGAUUUCAAUAGGCAGCAGCAGCCUCUAAUGUGCUAGUGAUGGCUAUUUAACAGUCUGAUGGCCUUGAGAUAGAAGCUGUUUUUCAUUCUCUCGGUUCCAGCUUUGAUGCACCUGUACUGACCUCGCCUUCUGGAUGAUAGCGGGGUGAACAGGCAGUGGCUCGGGUGGUUGAUGUCCUUGAUGAUCUUUUUGGCCUUCCUGUGACAUCGGGUUCUGUAUGUGUCUUGGAGGGCGGAUAGUUUGCCCCCGAUAAUGCGUUCGGCAGACCGCACCACCCUCUGGAGAGCCCUGCGGUUGUGGGCGGUGCUGUUGCCGAACCAGGCGGUGAUACAGCCCGACAGGAUGCUCUCAAUUGUGCAUCAUUAAAAGUUUGUGAGGGUUUUAGGUGAUAAGCCACAUUUCUUCAGCCUCCUGAGGUUGAAGAAGCUCUAUUGCGCCUUCUUCACCACACUGUCUGCGUGGGUGGACCAUUUCAGUUUGUCGGUGAUGUGUACGCCAAGGAACUUGGAGCUUUCCAGCUUCUCCACUGCGGUCCCGUCGAUGUGGAUAGGGGGGUGCACCCUCUGCUGUUUCCUGAAGUCCACGAUCAUCUCAUUUGUUUUGUUGAUGUUGAGUGAGAGGUUAUUUUCCUGGCACCACACUCCCAGAGCCCUCACCUCCUCCCUGUAGGCGGUCUCGUCAUUGUUGGUAAUCAAGCCUACUACUGUUGUGUCGUCUGCAAACUUGAUGAUUGAGUUGGAGGCGUGCUUGGCCACGCAGUGGGGCCCCAGUGUUGAGGAUCAGCGAAGUGGAGAUGUGGUUUCCUACCUUCACUACCUGGGGGCGGCCCGUCAGGAAGUCCAGGACCCAGUUGCACAGGGCGGGGUUUCAGACUCCGGGUCUUGAGCUUAAUGAUGAGCUUGGAGGGUACUAUGAUGUUGAAUGCUGAGCUAUAGUCAAUGAACAGCAUUCUUACAUAGGUAUUCCUCUUGUCCAGAUGGGAUAGGGCAGUGUGCAGUGUGAUGGCAAUUGCAUCGUCUGUGGAUCUAUUGGGGCGGUAAGCAAAUUGAAGUGGGUCUAGGGUGACAGGUAAGGUAGAGGUGAUAUGAUCCUUGACUAGUCUCUCAAAGCACUUCAUGAUGACAGAGGUGAGUACUACAGUUCAGUUACCUUUGCUUUCUUGGGUACAGGAAUGAUGGUGGCCCUCUUGAAGAAUGUGGGAACAGCAGACUGGGAAAGGGAGAGAUUGAAUAUGUCCAUGAACACACCAGCCAGCUUUGAUCACAUUCUUCUGAUAAUGCGAUUCAAGCAUCGGCACACUGCUUCGAAAUAAACUGCCAGUGAUUUCGACACAUGCCCCGGAGCUCCGGUAUCAAUAUUGUAACCAGUUUAUGUCAAAGUCUUAUGUAAAGAAAGUGUUUGGAAUCAUUAUUUCAUGUUAUGGAAUGAACUUAAUUAAUAUAUUGAUUAACAGGAAAUGUAUUUAAUUGCUCUAAUUUGUGUGUGUGUGUGUGCGUUUGUGCAAGUAGAAAAAAACAUGUUGACUCACCCUACUUGUAGAGAAACGCCAAUGCCAUCCUCCUCUCGUUCUUGUUGAUGAAACGGUCUAUAACUCUGUCAUACAGUACACGCUUUUAUUUUUUGUUGUCCUAGGCUACCUGGCUAAAAUGCUUGCUCGCUAGCCUAACUUCCUUUCAUGGGCAACGUUAGCUAGUUAACAUUAGCCUUCUACAUCUAGCUACAUAUUGAACUUCCAUCCUCUCAGUCCAGGGGCACAAUGUAUUUUAUGGUUGGAUCAGAAUCGCCAUUAUAAUCAUUGGCCAGUAUGGAGAAUUAAGUAAAACCACAAGUCCAAAUCCCUACCUACAUUCAUGGUUAAUUUAGGAAAGGGCCAAUUUUAGCUAGCUAGCUACUGGAGGACAACAAAACAAUGAGAUGCAACAAUUCAAGUUGUUUCUAUCAAUGACGUAUUUCUCUGAAGCCAAAUCCAAACUGGCUUCCCUUGACACUUUUUUUUGGUUUUGGUGCGCCAGGACCAUUCACAGUUGAGCUCACUCAGUUUAGCUCAACGCAGAUUGGCUAUUAUUUAAAAUAUAUAUAUAUAUAUAUAUCAAGGGAGGCCAAAUGCUCGCUGGUUUUCCUUGUAUUCAUUACUACGGCGGCAACAAUGUCAUACUCUUUAUGACCAGACCGCAUCAGAUAGAUGGCCUACACAUCCAGAGACAGAGGAGCGCUGUUCCGCUCACUCGUAUGCUUUCUCCGGUGAGAUACAUUACGAGAUACAUUCAGAGAUUAAAUACAUUUUCUUUUUUUCUUUGUAAAUGUUUUGGGGAAGCCUGGCUUCCCUUAGCAUCCAUGAAUACACGCCACUGCACAGAACGCACUGCAACUGCCUCUGCAACACAAUGCUGCAAGGCAAACGCAGCGUUCCAUUGGAAAUGAAUGUACUUCUGGUGUACCAAAACGCAAUGAUGCUGUUGGUGUGAUCGAGGUGUAAGCAGUUUUUCACCUGAUUGGUUUGGUAUUGGUUUUGGUAGAAGACAAAAAGGCUACCCUGCGCACGUGCUACGGCGUGUGCAACGUCAUCUAUAAUAAUCUGUCUGUUCAAAAUUAUUUUCACCAGCAGGUGCCACUAGUGUACAACGUGUUGAUCAAAGCCUGGAGUAAUGAACCUAUUUUAGACACAAUUGGCUGGAAACACUCAAUGCUUCAGGAAGCUUUGUUUCCCCAUCAACACCUGUAAGUGCUCAAUUGGGUUGAGAUCUGGUGACUGAGACGGCCUUGGCAUACGGCUUACAUCGUUUUCAUGCUCAUCAAACCAUUCAGUGACCACUCGUGCCCUGUGGAUGGGGGGCAUUGUCAUCCUAUGGGAGCUUAGCUAUGGUAGCAAAAUGAAUGGCCCAAAUAAUGGUGUGCCCAGCAUUUUUAUACAUGACAUGGAGCAUAAUGGGAUGUUAAUUGCUUAAUUAAUUCAGGAUCCAAACCUUUUUGGAAGCAUCUGCAUUCAAUAUACUUUGUAUCCCUCAUUUACUCAAGUGGUUUCAUUAUUUUGGCAGUUACCUGUAUAUUUCAAGUUGCAACCCAUAUUUCUUUAAACACUCAACUUACUUUUCCCUUUUGGUUAAACCUAAUAAAAAACAUAAAUACAAACUAAUACACUGAGUGUACAAAACAUUAGGAACACCUUCCUAAUACGGAGUUGCACCCCCCCCCCCCCUAAUUGUAACCAAAUGGUGACUCUCUCAUCAGAGAUUACAAGCUCUUUAGUAUCACAGUACUUAUGCAGCUAUCAUUUAAGAUUGAGUGCCGGAAGUGAACUGAACAUAUAAUCAUUAAAAAAACACACAAAAAACCUAACACAUUACCUGCAAUGACGUUCACUCUCACGGAUGGCACGCCCCCAAUAGACCACGCCUCCAACUCUUCUGAUAGGCUGCCGCUGCUACAUUGCACCCACCACUAUGCAAUGCGACUGUGCAUGACGUGUUGAAAGCAAUUUAGAAGCUUUCAUUCAAUUAAUAAAAUCACAUUGAUCUGUCAAAUUCAUUUUUUUUUAUUUCAGACUAAUAGAAUAUGUUGUAUGAACCAAAGCGUGAUUUUUGGAUCAUACCAAUCAGAAAAAGCCCUUCAGCUGAGCAACAGUACCAUCCCACUUUUAGAGUGUUUGUGUGUUGUACAGGAGGCUACCUGGAAUGGCCGGAACGGAGCAAAUAGAAUGGCAUCAAACACCUGGAAACCAAGUGUUUGAUGUAUUUGAUACCAUUCCACUGAUUCCGCUCCAGUCAUUACCACGAGCCCGUUCUCCCCAAUUAAGGUGCCACCAACCUCCUGUGGUGUGUUGUAACUGAUUGUGUCUGUCCCUGACUGUGACUGUAUCUAACUGAGUUGUCUGUGUUGGUCUGUUGUAGGUCAGCUGAAGGAGCACUCAGUAGGCCAGGCCCUGAGGACAGUCCUGAUGGUGUUCCUGGGGUUGUACGCUCAGUACUGGCUGUUGAUUCAUGUCUCUGGGUUCCAGUUUCUUUACAGCACCCUCCUCUGUAUGCUGCUCUGCAGGGCCAUGUUCUCCCUGCCCUACAUACACGUUAACAUCUUCCAGGUGAGAAAGCAUGUACACACAUUGAUAAAGGCAAGCACGCACCCUCAGCAAAGUAUAGAAUCAAUGGGUAACUGCCGAUUUGGCCAGUAUUAUUUGGGCUAGUAUUUGGUCAAACUGUUGCAGAGAAACAAUGACGGGGUACAUGUUAUUCAGGGUGGAGCACCAGUUAUGAAGGAAAAACAUCUCCUCCAAUAUGUUGUUUCUCCGUUUGUGUUGCUAUUGAUGGCAGCAGUCUUGUCUCCAUCCUUCCCGGUACUCCCACUGUGGGUGGGCGCUUAUAUUUGUCCUAUUUCACACAUGUACAAGUGUAUAUUAAUACACGUGUGAAUUUGACCCUGUACUGUUAAGACCAUUGUAGAGGCAUGUAACUGAAUGGUGGGCCCAUAGAGAUAGAAUAGCAUCUGUCUAUGGGUAGACCUCCAGCAGACAGAUCACACUAGACUCUGCAUCUCAUCUUCUACUACAUUGCAAAUGUGUCCAGGGCAGCAGAAUCAUGCCAACAGUUUCUCUCUGGGUCUUUUUCCCUUUAAGUGAAUCAGAGGGGGCACACACACACACACCUUUCCAUUAAACCGUCCUCUCCUGUUCCGUACAGCACAUCGGCCUGCCUAUGUUCUCCCCGACCCGUCGGCCCAAGAGGAUUUACCAGAUGACCCACGGGGUUCUGAACCUUCCUCGGAACCCCCUGCUGGACUGGACCUUUGGACACUCCCUCAUCAACUGUCACGUGGAACACCACCUGUUCCCCUUCCUCUCCGACAACAUGUGUCUCAAGGUACAAUGCAGACAACGUGUAUCUCAACAUAUGAUACAACUUGUGUCUCAAGGUACAAUGCAGACAACGUGUAUCUCAACAUACGAUACAUGUGUCUCAAGGUACAAUGCAGACAACGUGUAUCUCAACAUACGAUACAUGUGUCUCAAGGUACAAUGCAGACAACGUGUAUCUCAACAUACAAUACAACAUGUGUCUUAAGGUACAGUACAGACAACCAGGGUUGGGGUCAAUUCCAAUUUAAUUUCUAAUUCCAAAUUCAAUUCUCGAAUUCAAGCAGGAAGUGGAACAUUUUAUUGGAAUUGAAUUGGAAUUGCAGCAAUCUACAUUUUUGUUAUUGGAAUUUAAUUGGAAAUUUAGACUGUCUUAAUUUGAAUUAAAUGUGUACAUUUUAAUUGAACAAGAACCAUCCUUGGAAUGGAAUUGGAAUUUAGACUGUCUGAAUAUUAAUUGAAUUGGAAUUGAAGAAGAAAACCAUCCUUGGAAUGGAAUUUAAAUUGAAUUGGAAUUUAGACUGUGUUGAAUUUGAAUUGGAAAAUAAAAAUAUCCUCAGAAUGGAAUUGGAAUUUAGAAUUUUAAAACUGGAAUCAUGUUGUAAUUGUUCAAAUCCCAGUUACUGGAGGUGAUGCAUUUAGCAUUGAAAUUGAAUGCAAACUUUGUUUUCAAUCGAUCAAGUAAUUAUAAUUGUAUACAUUACUAAUAUAUACAUAAUUAUAUCUAUAUAAUUAUAUACCCCAUUUUUUAAAUGUUUACUAAUGAGGAGUUGACGUACAAUAUAUUUCUGGUUAGGUUAUUUAAAGGAAUAGAUCACACAAUUUACAUAUUGGUUUCCUUACCCUUAAGCAGUCUAUGAAUUAUGACAUUGUAAUUUUGUAAUUUGGGUGUAUCCCUUAAAGGGGAAUAACAGCAAAUUUCAAAAAUGUGCUAGCUAGCACACGGUGUCCUUAACUAGCAAGCUAGUUAGUUAGCUAACACAUGGUGUUGCCCCAUCCUCCCGCCUGCUGUGCCAGCGGGAGGCGGAGGCGACCGGUAGACUGUGUCCUUCGCCCCCACCUGUCCGUCACGGUUUUCUCUGGUACACAGCAGGCAGUAGGCAGGGGCGACACCGUGUGCUAGCUAACUAGCAAGCUAGCACACAGGGUCGCUAACUAGCAAGGUAGCUAGCACAUGGUGUCCUUCCACCUGCUGUGCUAGCGGUUAGCUAGCAAGGAUGACUCCAAAAGGCGUGGGCGAAAAAACUCAGAUAAUACUUUUAUUUCCCUUUUGACCCACAUAUAAAAGUGUGUGUGUGUGGGGGGGGGGGGAAGCCCACAUGCAGGAACGCCCCCGAAUUGCGGGCUGCAGUUGCACUCUACUGAAAAUGUGUCUGUGUUCCUAAACCCAUCUGACUCGUUGUUGGACUGUCUGUCAAAGUGCGCACCUCUCUCACAGGAAGAGCGAGAGCGAGGUAAGGCUAGAGCGAGAGCUACGUCACAGGGUUAUACAACCCCUGCAGUGCUAGAUAGAACUUUGUGGAAUAACGCAAAUCUACGAUAAAUAUAAACGUUCUGUCACAGCAAAAAUACUAUCCUGAACAAAAACAUAAAUGCAACAUGCAACAAUUUCAAAGAUUUUACUGAAUUACAGUUUAUAUAAGGAAAUCAGUCAAUUGAAAUGAACUUAUUGGACCUUAAUCUAUGGAUUUCACAUGACUGGUCACAGAUACCUUACAAAAAAAAGUAGGGGCGUGGAUCAGAAAACCAAUCAGUAUCUGGUGUGACCAGCAUUUGCAUCAUGCAGCGCGACACAUCUCCUUCACAUAGAGUUGAUCAGGCUGUUGAUUGUGGCCUGUGGAAUAUUAUCCCACUCCUCUUCAAUGGCUGUGAGAAGUUGCUGGAUAUUGGCGGGAACUGGAACACACUGUGGUACACGUCGAUCCAGAGCAUCCCAAACAUGCUCAAUAGGUUACGUCUGGUGAGUAUGCAAGGCAUGCUCAUCAGACAUGUCAGCUUCCAGGAUUUGUGUACAGAUCCUUGCGACAUGGGGCUGUGCAUUAUCAUGCUGAAAGAUGAGGUGAUGGCAGCGGAUGACUGGCACGACAAUGGGCCUCAGGAUCUCGUCACAGUAUUUCUGUACAUUCAAAUUGCCAUUGAUAAAACGCAAUUGUGUUCGUUGUCUGUAGCUUAUGCCUGGCCAUACCAUAACACCACCGCCACCAUGGAGUACUCUGUUCACAAUGUUGAAAUAAGCAAACCGCUUGCCCAAAUGACGCCAUACACGUGGUCUGCGGUUGUGAGGCGGGUUGGACGUACUGCCAAAUUCUCAAAAACGAUGUUGGAGGCAGCUUAUGGUAGAGAAAUGAACAUUACAUUAUCUGGCAACAGCUAUGGUGGACAAUCCUGUAGUCAGCAUGCCAAUUGCACACUCCCUCAAAACUUGAGACAUCUGUGGCAUUGUGUUGUGUGACAAAACUGCACAUUUUAGAGUGGCCUUUUAUUGUCCCCAGCACAAGGUGUACCUGUGUAAUGAUCGUGCUGUUUAAUCAGCUUCUUGAUAUGCCACACCUGUCAGGUGGAUGGAUUAUCUUGGCAAAAGAGAAAUGCUCACUAACAGGGAUGUAAACAAAUUUGAGAGAAAUAAGCUUUUUGUAUGUAUGGAAAAUGUCUGGGAUCUUUUAUUUCAGCUCAUGAAACAUGGGAUCAACACUUUAUAUGUUGCGUUUAUAUUUUGGUUUAGUGUAAAUUCCGGAAGUCCAAUCGAUUGUGAGAUAUGGCAUAUACAUUUUAUGUGAUCAAUUUGGGUCGCGGGUAGAGCUGUGGUGGUCAUGAAAUCUUGUCAGCUGGUGAUUGUCAAGCAAAUAACUGCAGGACUCAAGUAAUUCACCAUUAAUUACCAACACAUUUAGCAUCUACUGGCUUCCACGCAUAGCCUACAAGCAACUGAUGCAGACCUUUGGAGCAUCUACAUUUUAAAAAGUCUAAUAAAUCCAUGCAAUAUAGCCUACACUAUCACAAUAAAUCCAUUAUUUAUUUUAGACAGGUCUAAAGAAACAUGAUAUGAAGACAAUGUUGUCUAUUUCAGAAGAACAUAAUAGCAUAUUCUGAGUUGUCCAUAUGUUAGGCCCUGAUCAGGCUAUGCCAUAAUUAUGGCUGUGGCCUACACUAGUUCAUUUAGCAGACAAGAUUUGCUUAGAAUUCCGUGGCAUUAUUUUAUAGUAUGAAGAAUAAAAUUGAACAUAGCUGAAUAAAAUAGAAAGGAUAUUUUCUCCAAAAGAUUUGAGGGAGUGCGCACAUGCGGCUAUUCUGUGUUGAGCAAUCAACAAAUGUUCAGUGUAGUCAAGAACAUGGAAGAACAUUUAAUGGAUUCUACAAGAACCAAUAUCACUCCCUAAAAACACACCCCUAUGGAGCUUUUAAGAAUUCACUGAUAAAUUGGUCCACAUGGAAAUCUAAAGGCAUAGAAACCGUAAAUGACGUGGUAAUAGGAAAUACAAUUAUUUACAUUACAGAAUUAAAAAGCAAUUUUGGACUGACCAAUGUAGACAUUUUCAAAUGCAGUGGGGAGAACAAGUAUUUGAUACACUGCCGAUUUUGCAGGUUUUCCUACUUACAAAGCAUGUAGAGGUCUGUAAUUUUUAUCAUAGGUACACUUCAACUGUGAGAGACGGAAUCUAAAACAAAAAUCCAGAAAAAUCACAUUGUAUGAUUUUUAAGUAAUUCAUUUAUUGCAUGACAUAAGUAUUUGAUCACCUAUCAACCAGUAAGAAUUCCGGCUCUCACAGACCUGUUCGUUUUUCUUUAAGAAGCCCUCCUGUUCUCCACUCAUUACCUGUAUUAACUGCAACUGUUUGAACUUGUUACCUGUAUAAAAGACACCUGUCCACACACUCAAUCAAACAGACUCCAACCUCUCCACAAUGGCCAAGACCAGAGAGCUGUGUAGGACAUCAGGGAUAAAAUUGUAGACCUGCACAAGGCUGGGAUGGGCUACAGGACAAUAGGCAAGCAGCUUGGUGAGAAGGCAACAACUGUUGGCGCAAUUAUUAGAAAAUGGAAGAAGUUCAAGAUGACGGUCAAUCACCCUUGGUCUGGGGCUCCAUGCAAGAUCUCACCUCGUGGGGCAUCAAUGAUCAUGAGGAAGGUGAGGGAUCAGCCCAGAACUACACGGCAGGACCUGGUCAAUGACCUGAAGAGAGCUGGGACCACAGUCUCAAAGAAAACCAUUAGUAACCACACUACGCCGUCAUGGAUUAAAAUCCUGCAGCGCACGCAAGGUCCCCUGCUCAAGCCAGCGCAUGUCCAGGCCCGUCUGAAGUUUGCCAAUGACCAUCUGGAUGAUCCAGAGGAGGAAUGGGAGAAGGUCAUGUGGUCUGAUGAGACAAAAAUAGAGCUUUUGGUCUAAACUCCACUCGCCAUGUUUGGAGGAAGAAGAAGGAUGAGUACAACCCAAGAACACCAUCCCAACCGUGAUGCAUGGAGGUGGAAACAUCAUUCUUUGGGGAUGCUUUUCUGCAAAGGGGACAGGACGACUGCACCGUAUUGAGGGGAGGAUGGAUGGGGCCAUGUAUUGCGAGAUCUUGACCAACAACCUCCUUCCCUCAGUAAGAGCAUUGAAGAUGGGUCGUGGCUGGGUCUUCCAGCAUGACAACGACCCGAAAAACACACAGCCAGGGCAAACUAAGGAGUGGCUCCGUAAGAAGCAUCUCAAGGUCCUGGAGUGGCCUAGCCAGUCUCCAGACCUGAACCCAAUAGAAAAUCUUUGGAGGGAGCUGAAAGUCCGUAUAGCCCCGAAACCUGAAGGAUCUGGAGAAGGUCUGUAUGGAGCAGGUAACAAGUUCAAACAGUUGCAGUUAAUACAGGUAAUGAGUGGAGAAAAGGAGGGCUUCUUAAAGAAAAACGAACAGGUCUGUGAGAGCCGGAAUUCUUACUGGUUGAUAGGUGAUCAAAUACUUAUGUCAUGCAAUAAAAUGAAUUACUUAAAAAUCAUACAAUGUGAUUUUCUGGAUUUUUGUUUUAGAUUCCGUCUCUCACAGUUGAAGUGUACCUAUGAUAAAAAUUACAGACCUCUACAUGCUUUGUAAGUAGGAAAACCUGCAAAAUCGGCAGUGUAUCAAAUACUUGUUCUCCCCACUGUAUAUGCAACUUAAACAUUUUAUAUCACGAAAGCUUUUGGACAUCAGAGCAAUGUUGAGGGAAUCCUAUUUGAGUCCGAAAAAUAUACUCGUAUGAUAGGUAAGAUAUACCAAACCUUGCAGACAGCCUAUCCAACUGACAAUCUCUUAGAAAAUAAUAUAAUCUAUUGGAACCAAGACUUGAAAAAGAACUGAUAUUGGCACAAGAUGGAGGGAGUGUUGGAACAUAACAAGUGAAAUUACAGUUAACGAAAAUGUAAGCUUAAUUCAGUAUAAACUAAUGUAUAGAAUGUAUGAUACAAGAGACAAGAUUCACACAUUUUACAGCACAUGUCUUAAGUGUAAAACUAACAAUGACUCAAUAAUGAAUGCCUUCUGGGAGUGUGAUAAAGUCCAAAAGUUAUGGGCAGAGUUAGAAAGCUGGCUGUCAGAAAUGUUACAUUUACAUUUUAGUCAUUUAGCAGACGCUCUUAUCCAGAGCGACUUACAGUUAGUGAGUGCAUACAUCAAAAAAAAAAAAAUCAUACUUGUCCCCCAUGGGAAACGAACCCACAACCCUGGCGUUGCAAACGCCAUGCUCUACCAACUGAGCUAUACAGGACUUUUACAAUGUAAAUGUACUUUGAAUCCGUCUAUCUGGAUAUUUCAAGACAUUACAUUUGGGGUUGCGGCGAGAUACCCAAUGGAUUGGACAAUAUUAUUUUUCUCACUUAUUUUGAAGAAGCUAUUAAUUAAAUACUGGAAGUCGAAUGAUACUUCAACAUUAAGAGAAUGGAAGAAUCAAAUGCUUUAUUGUUUAUAUUUUGAAAAAAUAAAACUGUCUAAAGACAGAAACAACAUAACACAAUUCCAGAAGGUUUUCAGAGUUCAGGGGACAUCUUGAUGUUUACCAGGAAAAUUCCCUCUUAGUUCGUUGAGGUUAAAUUGGUCUUUAAAAUCUGCCAUGAGUUGAGGUAGUUGGGUUGAAUUUGGCUUGAGUUGAAAGAAGUGAAGGAAUUCAAAUUCAUGGAAUUGGUCUAGAGAGGGAAUUGAAUUAUGUGAAAUGUUGUGGCAGAAUAUUGAAUUAGGAAUUGUAGUUUUGAAUAGACUUAGAAUUGGAAUUUGAGAUGAAUUGAAUGGGGGGAAUUGUGGCAGAAUAUUGAACUAGAAAUUGCAGUUUUGAAUUGACUUAGAAUUGGAAUUCGAGAUGAGUUGAAGAACUGGAAUUUAUAGGGAGAGGGAAUUGCAUUGGAAUUGAAUUUGUGGAAUUGACACCAACCCUGCUGGAAUUUUUUAUUGAAUAGAUGGAAUUUAUAGGGAGAGGGAAUUGAACUGGAAUAGACGCCAACCCUACAGACAUGUCUCAAGGUAUGAUACAGACAACGUGUGUCUCAAGGUACAAUACAACGUGUCUCAAGGUACUAUAAAGUGUCUGCAUCCCAAAACGUCCCAAAUGGCACCCUAUUCCCAUAACGCUCUGGUCAAAAGUAGAACACUAUAUAGGGAUAGGGUGCUAUUUGGGACACAAGCAGUGUGUCUGCCAAAUAUGUGUCAGAAGGUCAGGGUUGGGGUCAAUUUCAUUUCACAUUGCUAAUUGGAAAGCUAUGAGGAAUUGAAUAAAUUGAAAUGGAAUUGCCCCCAACCUUGCUGAAGGUUGAAAUAACAGUACCUCUGUCAAAUAUAAGUUAAUCACUAGCUAGGUUUCCAUCCAAUUUGUGACAGAUUUUCAUGUGAAUAUUCUAAAAUCCGCAAAAAAACAAUAUGCGCAUUUUCCCACCAGAGAUGUUUCCAUUAAAUUGACUUUUUGCGGAGAAAAGGCUGUGCGUGAAGACGUAGUGCACAUAAAAAUAACUUUUGCGAUUAAAGUCCCGUGUACUGAACAAAACAUACAAGUUAAAUGGGUUUCCAUUGCAUUUUCAACUCUACUGAUGGUUUUCUCACAAAAAAUGUUGCGUUAAAUAGCGAGUGUGCCCACUCUGGUAUUGGCACGUGCUCUAGCCAACAGCUCGCACAUACAGUGCGGGUAUAGCCUACAUUAUGAGAUUAUUAUGGACAAAAGAGCGAGAUUAUUUUUUAUUGCCAAAAGGCAGAUUUCUGUAUAAAGUUAGUGUGGGGGAGGCAGAUUUUUUUUGUUGCGAUUAAUAAUAACAAACCUCCUGGCAUUGAUAACUUAGAUGGAAAGCUACUGAGGAUGAUGGCUGACUCUAUCGCCACUCCUAUCGGUCACAUCUUUAAUCUGAGCCUAGAGGAAAGUCUCUGUCCUCAGACCUGGAGGGAAGCCAAAGUCAUUCCGCUACCCAAGAGUGGUAAAGCGGCCUUUACUGGUUCUAACAGCAGACCUAUCAGCUUGCUGACAGCUCUUAGCAAACUGUAGGAAAGAAUUGUGUUUGACCAAAUACAAUGCUAUUUCUCUGUAAACAAAUUAACAGACUUUCAGCAUGCUUAUAGAGAAGGACACUCAACAUGUACUGCACUUACACAAAUGACUGAUGGUUGGUUGAAAGAAAUUGAUAAGAAGAUUGUGGGAGCUGUAUUGUUCAGUGCAGCCUUUGAUAUUUUUGACCAUAACCUGUUGUUGAGAGAAAUUGUGUGUUAUGGCUUUUCAUCCUCUGCCAUAUCGUGGAUUCAGGGCUAUCUAAUAGAACUCAGAGGGUUUUCUUUAAUGGAAGCUUCUCUAAUGUCAAACAUGUAAAGUGUGGUGUACCACAGGGAAGCUCUCUAAGCCCCCUAAUUUUUACCAAUGACCUGCCACUGGCAUUAAACAAAGCAUGUUUGUCCAUGUAUGCUGAUGAUUCAACCAUAUACGCAUCAGCAACCACAGCUAAUGAACUCACUGAAACCCUUAACAAAGAGUUGCAGUCUGUUUUAGAAUGGGUGGUCAGUAAUAAACUGGUCCUGAACAUCUCUAAAACUAAGAGCAUUCCCUAUGUUCUAGACCUCAGCUGAAUCUGGUAAUGAAUGGUGUGGCUGUUGAACAAGUUGAGGAGACUAAAUAACUUGGUGUUACCUGUAAACUGUCAUGGUCAAAACAUAUAGAUUCAAUGGUUGUAAAGAUUGGGAGAGGUCUGUCCAUAAUAAAGAGAUGCUCUGCUUUUUUGACACCACACGCCACAAUGCAUGUCCUGCAGGCUCUAGUUUGAUCUUAUCUUGAUUAUUGUCCAGUCAUAUGGUCAAGUGCUGCAAAGAAAUACCUAGUUAAGCUGCAGCUGGCCCAGAACAGAGCAGCACGUCUUGCUCUUCAUUGUAAUCAGAGGGCUAAUAUUAAUACUAUGCAUGCCAGUCUCUCUUGACUGCGUAACUUCUUGUUUUUAUAAGAAACAUUAAUGUUGGAAAUUCCAAAUUGUUUGCAUAGUCAAUUUACACACAGCACUGACACACACUUACCCCACCAGACAUGCUACCAGGGGUCUUUUCACAGUCCCCAGGUCCAGAACAAAUUCAAGGAAACAUACAGUAUUAUACAGCUCCAUUAGUGCAUGGAACUCCCUUCCAUCUUAUAUAGCGCAAGUGAACAGCAAACCUGGUUUUAAAAAACGAAUAAAGCAACACCUCACGGCACAACGCCUCUCCCCCAUGUGACCUACUUGUGGUGUUUAUGUACUGACAUGUACAUGUAACUGAUAGAUGCACACACACACAUUAAUGUUUUUAAAUGUACUGUAUGUAAAUUGUAAAGUCUUUUAAAUGUAUUUUUCGUUAUGUGUCGGACCCCAGUAAGACUAGCUGUCACCAUUGGCGUCGGCUAAUGGGGAUCCUAAUAAAUCAAAUCAUAUCAAGCAUUGAUUAUCAUGUCACCAGAAUAAGACCUUCGAUAUUUAUUGGAAUGGAGCAUCAAGCUCAUCACCUUGCACUUUCACCACCCUGUGAAGUUCAUCAUAAUUUAUUUAAUCUGUAGCCUUAUAAACUGCAUGCUUUCCCGACGAGUCAUAGUGGGAGGACCACACAACAUGUCAUCACAUGACUCCAAGUUUACUUCAAUAUGAUGGUUAUUAAAUCAAUAUUUGCGCAUAAAAAGCAUUUCCACUGACAUUUCUCGCAUAAUUCAUUUUACAGACACAAAAAGAUCCCACCUUGUGUAGCGUAUUUUGUUUUGUCGACAUUUGGUAAGUUUACAGACUAAUGUUGUUUCCAUCAGGCCUGUUGUGAAAAAAUGUUUUAACCUGGUUACAGAAGCUUCUUUCAAGAAAAUGACAUUCACUUUUACCUGUAAACUAUGUAGAACUUUGUGACAACUGCUGAUGUAAAAAAAUGGCUUUAUAAAAUAAAUGUCAUUGAUUAAUAUGACCCCUUUUCCUUUCUUCCUUGUCUCAGGUAAAGCCCAUCGUGUCCCAGUAUCUGAAGGAGAAGGAGCUCCCAUACCAGGAGGAUAGCUACCUCUCCCGUCUGCAGCUCUUCUUUCACAAGUACCAGGAGCUCAUGGUUUUCGCCCCACCCAUCACAGAGCUGGUGGGGGUGCAGUGA